AUGCCGCCCAAGACCCGCUCAGGCGGCGUCCCCGCCCCGAGUCGAGUCUACCACUCGACACCAGCACAACAGCAGGCGCAUUUUCCUGCCCGUCGGAAGGUCGUGCGGACGUACGGGAAACAGAAUCGAAAGAAGCAGGCCGAGACGAGCUCCAAAAUGUUGAGGCAGCAGACCCUGACCCAGAUCGACUUUGUGUCGUCGAGCUUUGACGAGCAGGAUCCGAUCGUGCUGAGCGAUAGUGAGGAUGAUGAAAAGGACGAUGAUGGGGAUGAGGAAAGGGAAGCGCCAGAUUUUGAUCAGGAAGAGCAGGGGAAUGAUGAGGAUGAGGAGCCCGUGUCGACUGGGAGAAAACGGCGAGGAGCCUCCAAGAAGGCUUCUGCCAAGAAGCAAAGAACGAAACGACGUCGGACAAUGGGCGACGACGACGAUGACGAGGAUUCGGACGAGGAGAAACCCAAGGCCGCCAAGACGAAGACGAAGAGAUCGAACCGACGAAAGACGACAGGGGAUGUACCCAGCUCAAGCUACCACACGCAGACAUUGACCCAGUUCAUCGGUCGCAAUGGCCAAGCUCAGUAUAUCAAGGACUCUGAAGACGAGGAAGAGGACGAUGGGUUCCAGCAGUGGCUUGGCGAUCCCACAAGCCCAAGCCCACGGCGGGUUCAACGCCUCAAGUCUGUCACUCCCGUAAAGAGAAAACGUCCUGGUUCUGCCUCCAAGGCCCGGCAGCAGCCAGAGGAACCGAUCGCCACCCGUGAGGACUCCAUAGUCCCACAGACACCACGGAAGCGUGCCAAGUCAGCGGAGAUUCCUUCAUCGAGCCAGCUCUCUGCACCGCCAAGCAUAUCGUCCAUGGCUAGCCUCAUGAUGGAUCGCUACGGGGCACCUGAUCAGGUGGACGUCACUCCAGUCAAAGGAAAAGGGUCUUCGCCGGCUGUCACAUCACCGCUUAAGGAGUUUACUGGAAAGCCGCGUGUUGCAACGACCCCUCGACGUCACGAGCGCAUUAUUCAGGACUCUUAUGCCACGGAGAGCUGGGGCUCGCUCGCUCGUACUCCUCUCCGGGAACUGCCUGUUGACUCGCCCAACAAGACUCCAAAGUCGGUCAUUGAGCCGCUCGAGUCCUCUUCAGUCUUGAGCGAGAUGGAGACACCCACAAAGCCUAGGCGCAGAGGCGAGAGCACCGAGCUAGGUGGAAGCCAGAGAAGGGAUAGGGACGGCAGCCCCACGCCUAGAAGGAAAAUGAAGCUGGUAUCCCCAGGUCAAGGGAAGAAAAGGGUCCUUCUCGAGAUUCCCGACUCAGAAGAUGAGGAUGACGACGACUUUGGAGAGAACGAUGAGAACUUUGGCGGUGGUGACGAAAAUGACGAAAACACUUUCGUUGCUGGACCUGAAACUCAGUUUGUCAUGAACGAGAUUGCCUCGUCUGAGGAAGCAUUGUCCAGGACACCGACUCAAGCAGAUCCCUCUGGUAGUGGUAUCCAACGAAGGGUCCUUGGCGAGGUCUCAACUGGGGAGUCGUCAAGUUCACGACUUGAAGCCUCGGCAUCAUCACCACCACUUCCACCUCUCAGCUCACGACCAACCACACUUCCUGCCCUCUCACCAACGCCCAAACCUUCACGUCGCCCAACAAAGCGUCUUCGAAAACCUAUUCAUCGUCCUGUCCCUCCGACUCAAACUCAACCCCUUGAAUCUCAGCGUGUGCCCCUCGCGACUCUGCAGGCUCUCCCACCCGCUUCUGCUCGCACCGAUGUCCUCCUCCCACUCUCUCAAGACAUGCUGGACGAUGUCAUUGAGGGAUUCCGGGUUGCCCUUGUGCUCCCUUUCAAGAUCCCUGCCCAAGUCGUCCGCUUUUGGCUGUAUGAUGGAGAAUUGCUCCGCUUCCUCGCCUGCGCAGAACCUGGCCGUGUGACUGAGGGUCCAGCUUGGCGUUAUCACCUAACUCAGGUGUAUGAGCUCAACAACCCUGUUGAAGGCGACGACAUGCGUGAAGAGGGUUGGGUGGAAGGCGAUAUUGGCCGCUACAUCUAUAUCCCGCCUGCUGUUGUCGGCCAGUUGCUCUGGAACCUUCGACACGCCAUCUUUGAUGAGAACGACAAUGGAGACGGCGCCACUCAGUCCCAGGCCCCGACACAAGAUGAUGACGAGAGUGGAAGAGUCGACCUCUUUGCCAACUCGUCACAGGCUCAGUCAAGGGAUAAGAACCCUGCGCCUACACCGAGCAUGAGCGUCUCUCAGCAGGUUGAAGCUCAACUCAAGAGCGACAUUGCCCACUCUACCCAGUUUCCUACCUCGGACGACAUCCUCGUUCCCUCUACCCCUGAGGAGGAAAACAGCAAUAACCAAGAUGCGACUCCUCCAACUACCCACGUCCCGUCGUCUCCUGCAACUAUCAAACCUCCUCCCCCACGAACCCCUUUUGCGGCAUCCUCCUACCGUGCCUCCCGACCUCCUCUCAGCAGCACGGUUAAACCUUCGACUGUCCGCCCCUCGCAGGCGACGACCGUCUCACAGGCCUCGACCCCGGAGAAGAACUCGUCGGCGUCACUUCACCGUCCGGACCUACACUCGUCUAGCAGCAUUGGUUUCCCUGAAGGCCUACUGGACGACGAUGGUCCUUCCUCACCACCCCUGCGUCUACCACCUGGCUACGCUGCAGGCUCGUCACAGCUCUUGACCAAGAGUCAGAUGCUCCCUGAUAGCCUUGUCCGCGACGACGCGAGAGUUCCUCCCGAGAUUUGGGACUCUGACGAAGAUGAUGAGCGACUAUAG